AACGUGAAGCUUCUUAUGCUCUUCCCUUUCAACUUAGAUGCAGAUGCAAGCUAAUUCCAUGGCUGCCACUGCCUCUUCCACCUGCAACGGCUUCUUCAGUCUCCGAUCACCAAAUCCCGUUGAGUCAAGGGUUCGAGACUCUUCUUCGUCAAGCCAAGGAUCUUCUGGUUGUGGAAAGCUUGAUGGGGUAGCAAUGUGGUUCAUCAACGGUGUCACAAUGGCUUUUUUUGCAUCGUUAAAUCGUUGCUCUUGCAUCCGCAUCGCCACAGAAGAAGAUGCCGAAGAUGAAAACGACUUGCCGUUGAUGUUCAACGACGGAAAUCUUCCCCAUGAUGGCGUCGUUGGCACCGCCAGCAGGAGAAGGACGGGUAAAGGGAAGAAGAGUGAAGCUGUUCUUGUCGAGCAAGACUAGUGACAGAGAAACCAAUAAAUAUCCUUUGAGGCCUUGAGCAAAUUAAAUCCAAUCAACGUCUCUUAAUUU